GUCAGAGCCGCGUCUCCACGUUAGAGCUUGGAUGACUAAAAAUAGGUUCUAGAUUUGGGAGCCAAGACCCUCGAUGCUAGAUAUUGAGUGAUGUGUCUGGUUGGAUUUCCCCCCCCUGCUAAAGAAAAAGGAGAAGUGAGACUCUCCUUUGUGUGGAAUAGCCCGCUAGGCUACAGCGCUUUGUGAAAGGACGCGAGCGCGAGUUAUCAGGCUAGGGCUUUAAUUCCGGCGCUAUUGAGCUACAGACACAUACCUUUGCGUCUUACAAAUUGUCGCUCUGCAGGUCCGGAUCAUAACGACUACACAUUCGUGGUCAACACUUACACUCGAGACGGUUGCCGCAUUCAAUGUUGAUUUAUUUCUGUCGCAAGCGCUCCUUCCACUAGCGAAAGCCACAAGAAUCCUCCCCCCCCCCCGAUCCACCAGUAUGGCUAGCGCCUCCAUUCUGCAGGACCCAUCACUGCAAGCCCGACAUAAGCAAUCCGUCACGCUAUCUGAUGGGCGCACGCUAGGCUAUGCGGAAUUCGGAUCUCUCAGUGACGAUGCCACCACAGUUUUAGCUUUUCAUGGUUGGCCAGGCUCCCGAUUGGAGAGCGCUGUAUAUCACUCCGUCGCGGGCGAGUUAAACAUACGACUCAUUGGUGUUGAUCGCCCGAGAAUAGGUCUAUCUUCUCCACAGCCAAAGCGCAAGCUCCUCGAUUGGCCUGCCGACAUCCGGGAGUUGGUGCGGUACCUGAAACUCAAGCGAUACUACAUUAUCGGUGUUUCAGCUGGCGGGCCUCAUGCUCUUGCAUGUGCACAUGAGACGGCAGAGAAUGAACUGCUUGGAGUUCGCAUUGUAUCUGGGCCAGGCCCUUGGGCACUUGGUACGAAGGGUGCGAGUCUUGAUCUGAAAGUUACUCUCAACGCCGUAGCUUACGCGCCGUGGCUGGUACGGUACUUCAUGAAUGCAACAAUCGUCAAACCUGCCCAGGACCCGGAUCCGGCUAAGCUGGAUCAAAUGAUGAGAUCUCAAAUGAAGAAGGUGCCGCCCGUAGACCUAGCAUUCGCGAAGAAGUACCCUGGCACAGUCGAUAUAAUGAUUGCUGCUGUGCGGGAGAGCUUUAAGCAAGGUGCAGAUUCAAACGUGCGGGAUGGACAGAUGUUGACUUUAGAUUGGGGAUUCGAGUUACAGAAUAUCAAAAUCAAGAAGGUCCUCCUGUGGCAUGGAACAGCGGACGUCAAUGUCCCUGUCGCCCGUGGACGUUAUCUGGCGGAGCAUGUUCCUCACGCCGUUUUAAAAGAGUUUGAAGAGAAUACUCAUAUUACCAUCCACGAGCAUGCGAAGGAGAUAUUGAGAGAUCUGAUAGCAGAUUCUUCUCGAGGGGAAGAAUCUAAUGAAGUCUGAUUGAACGAAAUUGUCGUUCGUCUGUGGCAGGCCGAAAAUUUAUGUAAUGAAUAUCAUACAUAAUAAUGAGCUCAGGGAACUCUGGAAUCCAAAUUUAUUCGCUUCAUCGGUUAAAGAAUU